AACAAAGAAAAUGGCCCUCUCCCUCCUUCGUCCAUGCAUGCGUCAGCUCCAGCCAUGUGACGGUUGCAAUUGUCUACCUGUGGUCGCACGUUUUAGAUGAACUGUCUAACCCAGGGAGUACAACGGCUGGUCAACCCGGUUGAGUGUUUCCUAAUUUAGCCCUGGAAAAGCUCCAGGUCUAAGAAACCGAAGCUAUUUCCGGCAAACUUCAUUGCUCAAUGUCACUUGGAUGACACGCACCGCCUGUCCAACCAUGUCUGGCCUGCUUGGCAACGGGCUCAGGGAGCAUUCCCAUCCACAGACCGACAGCCGCACAGCAGAACCGCAUCCAGUCAGAGGACAAGGUUCUGACUUCUCGUCUGGGUCUUACGUGCAGGCAGCAGCGAUAUGGACCCCUAUUAGCCAUGCCUCCCGUCAUCACAUGGGCGGGCUCCUAUCGCCUCGCUUGCCUCCUUACACGGCAGCAAAUGUUCCGCCGGGCGAUGCGACAUCUCCACGCAGAUAUCAUCCGUAUGGUGGCUAUUCUUGCUGCCACCGGUGUGGUGUCACCGUCCUCACCGGACUGGCUCUGCGAGGGUUCUUUGUUUACGGUCUGCGAGAGGGGAGUACGCGUUGUGGCUACACGUGUACCACGUCAGGACGGAACUCCCUCGAUCUCAAUGGCGGGGAUGGUUUUAACCUAGUCAGUUAUGCUUCACUGUCAAGGUUACAUGGUACGUAUGCGGGCGCCUGAUUGGCAGUGUUCGGGCCAUGCUCAGCGACUAGCUCUGGCGAUGAGCGCACAAAGCUGUCAGUUAGACGUCAAGCUUCCCCCCAAACCAGGCGCAUGUGACGCAAGAUCCACAGAAUGCGACUCCCACACGAUCCCCAG